AUGGUGUCUUGAAGGAAAAAGUUUCGUUGGUUGUUGUGGUGAAAUCAAUAGGAUUUUUUCACGAAAACUACUCUUCUUUGCAUCUUGUUAAAAAAACAGGGUCUUGAGAGAUGUCUUUUCGUCCCGCUGGAGCGGAAGAUUCGGACUCUGGCGAUGAAGGGUUUUAUAUGGGCAGCAUUCACGACAGCAAACUGAAUGGCGCUUUCAAAAACAGAACUGGUUCACGAAACAACUUUGCCGCAAUGCCAGCUGGUGCAGAAUCCGACGACGAAGAUAGCGAUGGUUUUGACUUGGGCAGUGCAUCGGUGAAUUCAGUGAAGUCAGCUUCGGCGAAAUUCAGUGGGACGCGAACUGCAAACAAUGGUGGACAAUUGACAAGGCCAAAUGACGUGAAGUUUGCUCCAAACUCUUUGUCCGAAACAUCUGGCGUAGGAAGGGGUCGGGGACUGCUUUCACCGAGGGGGAGAGGACGGGGAGGAUUUCCAAGACCCUCUCCAACUUUAAACAACAAAGGAAAAACAGCAAGAAGGAGUAAUCUCGUUCAAAACAAGGCAAAGAAAGCUGCAACCUUAUUAGCUGCUGAGGACUUGCGAGUAGCAGUUAUAAAAGGAAAUGUUGCUGCAAUUGAAAAAUAUCUGCAAGAUGGAAUUGAUCCAGAUGUUCAGUUGAAGUCGGGAUGGACUCCAUUGUUGCUUGCAGCCAGUUUGGCAUCACCUGAUGUUGUGGAAUUACUCACAGCGAGAGGAGCAAAUGUCAACUUCCAUAAAGAGAUGUAUACUGUUUUGAUGGCAACAUGUGCAGUGACUGGGAAUGUAUCCGAGGAAUGGGUUAUUAGAUGCGUGGAGCUGUUACUGGAGAGAAAUGCCAGAGUCAAUGUUUAUGACAAAUAUCGUAUGACGCCACUCAUGUAUGCAGCAAGAGAAGGGAGGGUUGCAGUAUGUGAAAAGUUGUUAGAACAUGGUGCCGAGAUCAACAAACAAGACAUUCGAGGAUGGACUGCUUUGUCAUGGGCUGCCAGUCGUGGUCAUGGUAAAGUUGUACGCUUUCUGUUGGAUCAUCAAGCAGACUCCAAGAUAUACUCCAAUGAUGGCCAAACACCGAGUGAUAUUGCAUAUUCAAGUGAUUUCCCCAGGAUUUCGGACAUUAUCACUUUGGCUACAAGUGGAAAGCAGGUGUCUAGUGAAGCAAUUUCCCAUGCUGCAGAAUCUUCAAGUGUUGACAUGAGAGAGGACAGCUCAAGUGAAAUGAGAUAUGGUGACCUUGAAAUGUUCCUAUGUGGUUUAGAGUUGACACAUUUGCUGCCAACAUUUCAAGAACACAAAUUAACAUUUGAUGAAUUCUUGAAUCUGACGGAAAAGGAACUAGAUCAGAUGGGAAUUACUCAAGUAGGUGUUCGAACAAAGGUUCUUGAUGCCAUCAGAGAAGUUCACAAAAAGGAGUGGGAUGUUACUAGCCUGCAGUCAAUGGAGAAGCAUUCUUUAAGUGCCCCAGAAGCAACAGUUAUUUUGGCCAAUGUGUCUAAACAUUUGACGUUCAUCAGAAGCAGUGUGUCAUAUGUACAGAAACACUUGAACGCUGUUAAUGAACCUCUGGAAUUCGUGCAGGAUGUCACAGCAGCUGAAGGAAUGGAAUUAUUCUCCAAGGAAGCAGUAGAAGCUGUGGAAAGUUUAAGUGAAGAACUCCAAACUGUAAGGACUCAGAUUUCCCAGAUCAAAUCCAAGGUAUCCAACACAGCCCCAGACCUGAUUGCGGAUGAAAAACCACAUUCAGCCCAACACUUAUCACGAGGCAGCUUGAUGUUGCUCGCAGGAGUUGCAACUGUUGCAUUGGGUGCAUUCUUGGUGCACAGGGUGUGGCACAACACAUGAUGUAGAGUGCUUCAAUCAAGAAAACGCAUUGUGAUGUAACAUAAUAAUUUAAUCAAUUGUAUCUGAUGUCCAUCCUCGAAUCCCCUAAUAACAAGCCUCCACUAAAUUUAAGCCCAUCUUGUUGGAAGGGUAGAAUUAUUUUUUUGAUUUUAUAUAUCAUUACUGUACAGCCUGUAUUGUAUAUACAUAUUAAGUUUUAUGUCAUUUGAUUAAUGCAGAUCGAGUCAUUCCAAUCAUUAAAUUUUGGGAUGUCGGUUCAAGCAUCAAACUAUUGUUACUGUUUUAAUGUUUUCCCCCGUGAUUUUUUUAAGAGAGAAGUUUCAUUUGAUUAAGAAAUGAUUAUUCAUGAAUGUAAUUAAGACCGUUUUUGUUUAUAUUUGCUGAGAACAAGAUGAAUGAGACCUUUGUAUUAUAUGUUGAGAAUGAAUUCAAUAAUGAUUAUAAUUAAAAUUUUGAUCAUUGGUUUUUGCUUUGA